CAACCACCAUCAUCUUCAUCGAGUCUAAGUUUGCAGAUAUUGACAAAAGAUGAACGCACAGUUAGCUACGUUCAAGUCUCCUGCUGUCGAGAAUGAGCCUAUGAGGCACUAUGCGCCUGGCUCUGAGGAGCGGCUCGGUCUUGAAGCAGCAUUGAAACAAAUACAGCAAGAACUUCCCUUUGAAGUGCCGUGCAUAAUCAACGGAAAGCCUGUAAAAACAGGAAAGCUUGCAAAGCAAUCUCUCCCAGGUUCACACGCCAAGCACCUGUGCGAAUACCAUGAGGCGGAUGAGGCUACUGUUGCAGCCGCAAUUGAAGGUGCGCUUGCUGCGAAGGCGGGAUGGGAGUCGAUGCCUUGGGCGGAUCGUGCUGCGAUUUUCUUGAAAGCAGCGGAUUUGGUAUCGGAGAAAUAUAGAUAUAAGUUGAUGGCUGCGACGAUGCUUGGACAGGGGAAGACUGCAUGGCAAGCGGAGAUUGAUGCCGCUGCUGAGCUUGUGGAUUUCUUCCGAUUUGGAGUCAAGUAUGUUGAGGAGUUGUAUCAACAACAACCGAUUAAGAACUCCAAGGGUGUUUGGAAUCGCGUUGAGUACCGACCUUUGGAAGGUUUCGUUCUUGCCGUCUCGCCGUUCAACUUUACUGCUAUUGGCGGAAACCUAGCUGGAGCCCCGGCACUCGUUGGAAACGUCGUAGUCUGGAAACCCUCACCAAUGGCGACUUAUGCAAACUACCUCACCUAUCAGAUUCUUGUCGAAGCAGGCUUGCCACCUGGUGUCAUCCAGUUCACACCCGGACCGCCACCCGAGGUCGUGAAGCAGUGCAUAUCACAUCGUGACUUUGCUGCACUACACUUUACGGGAAGUACACAUGUGUUCCGUAGCUUGUGGAAAGACAUUGCAGCGAAUUUGGAUAAAUAUAGGGGGUAUCCGAGGAUCGUUGGUGAGACGGGUGGGAAGAACUUCCAUGUCGUACACGAGUCGGCGGACCUAACGAAUGCUGUCAUGCAAUCUGUCCGUGGCGCAUUCGAGUACCAAGGCCAGAAAUGUUCAGCUCUCUCCCGUCUCUACGUAUCCUCCUCUCUUUGGUCCAAUGGCUUCAAAGACAAGCUCCUCCAGGAAGUUGCUAAGAUUAAGGUCGGCUCUGUCACGGACUUCUCGAACUUCAUGGGCCCUGUCAUUGGACGGCCCGCGUUUGAUAAGAUUACUGGAUACAUCCAGAAGGCGAAGGAUGCCGGUGGGGAAAUCCUCAUCGGAGGGAGCGCCGAUGACUCUUCGGGUUUCUUUAUCCAGCCUACAGUUAUUCUGAGCAAGGACCCCAAGUCUGUUACUUUCGUUGAGGAGAUAUUUGGACCUGUACUAUCUGUAUACGUGUUCGAUGAUAAAGACUUCGACGCGACGCUCGAUCUCGUCGACUCCACAAGCCAAUACGGUCUAACAGGUUCAAUCUUCGCAUCCGACCGCAGCGCACUCCUCCACGCAUCAAACCGUCUUCGCAACGCAGCAGGUAACGUCUACUACAACGAAAAAUGCACAGGCGCCGUAGUAGGUCAACAACCCUUCGGUGGUGCACGGGCGAGUGGGACAAACGAUAAGGCUGGGAGCAUGGGCUUGUUUUAUAGGUUUGUGAGUGCGAGGAGUGUCAAGGAGAAUUUCGUGGGUCUUGAGGACUUUGGGUAUCCGUCGAAUUUGGUUUGAGUGUUUUGAAUGAUGAUUGGGAGUGAGGGUGAGCAAGGUGACAUCUUGGCUUGGAAAAAGAAAGGAUGAUUGUAAAUUGGUGAUCUGCAUAUUUUGUAUUGAUGUUUUGGGAAAUAAAAAUUCGACGUCCC